AUGGCACAAGUUCUGGAUCAGUUCGUUGGCAGUGAUCUCGAUGUUGUUGGUAUGUUUCUUAAUGCCAUUCACUCAGCAUCCCGUUGGUGUAGAUUUAGUAUUAAAGAAAGUAAAAGGAGUCGAGGUGCGCGCGCAUCCCCCCGCGGGAAGGUCGCCAGGCCUUGUUGUCUCGCGCCCGGAAGCGGGGCUUGUGAGCUGGAGUUAGAGCCGCCUUGUCUGUUGCAGGGUAGAGCUGCUGCCCCGCACCAGGAGGGCGCCGGGGCUCAGGGAGGCGCCUCUGCGCGAACGCCCGUGAUUCUCGCGUGCCCGAACUGCCCCAAGACCUUCAUCGGGCCCGGACGCCACCAGCUGUACGAGCGCCACGUCAUUGUGCACACGGGGGAGCGGCCCUACAACUGCGCGCACUGCAAUUACCGUGCCAACCAGCUGUCCAACCUGCGGCGUCAUAUCAGGAACAUCCACCAGGGCCCGCAGGCGCAGGCGCAGGCGGGGGACAACAGCCAGCGUAUUUACGGCGGCGCCCUGGGGAGCCAGGCGCACCCAGGCAGCCAGGCGCACCCAGGCAGCCAGGCGCACCCAGGCAGCCAGGCGCUCCCGGGCAGCCAGGCGCAUCCGGGGCGGUCAGGCAUCCCGCAGGCCGCCGGGCCCGUGACCAACGGCCAGGGUCAGGGUGUGGUCGGCAGGGGCGCCGAAGGGGAGCACGUGGCGAGCGCGCCCCUGCAGCAGCACUACACCAGGGAGGGCUUCGAGGGCGCUGUCGGCCAGAGAUGAUAAGAGGCGAGGGCGCGGCGUGCGAGGCGAAGGUCAAGCGAGGUCAAAGCGAGCGUCUCGAGGGGCGUCCGGCGUCCCUUCGAGCGGCGACGCUGAAGCAGGUGCGGCCAAGACGAGGCCGAGACGCGAAUUCAAUUCCCUAAUGUUCUUUAAAGUCUUGAUUUGGUGAAACAAAUUGAACUUUUUUUCAGUGAUUUUGUGAAGGCGUUAAUGGGGUAUGGUGUUUGCCGUGCUGGAUCAUUCUCGAGGUCUGGUUCACUGUGGCAGAUUGAGCAUAGUAGUGCUGAAGGGGAACUGACAUGAAUGUUUUAAAACUUUAUAUUACCUGAUAUUUAGAGGGAAUUGCAGUUGUAACAACCGUAAAGGUGACGCAGAGCAAAGAGUGUUAUUCAGGGGAGGUCAGUCAGCAGAAGGCAGAGGAAAGGCAGUCAGACUAGCUCUUGUGUGUGGCCUUGUUGUGAAGUAGGAUUGGCGCAAGCCCUUUUCUUGCUGUUAAGUGAAACCAGGUCUGCUUGCGUCCUGGAGUGAAGGAGGUUGAGGCUGAGCGUGGCUGUGUUUUGCAGGGCUUGGCUGUGCGGCUGGGCGACGUGGCAGCGCUGGUGUGCCCCGUGUGCGGCAAGUCCUUUGGAGGCCGCAACCGCCGCCAGAUCCUGGAGCGGCACAUCGCGACGCACACGGGCCACAAGCCCUACCCUUGCCCCCACUGCCCGUUCCGCUCGUCGCGCCAGGACACGCUCAAGAUCCACGUGGCCAGGAUGCACCGCGACCUCCUGCCCCGCGACGCCGCCCCCGGGGGCGCGAGGGAGACGGGCCUGCGGGAGCCACAGGGGAGGGCUCGGACCAGCGGACCCAGGGUCCUGAGGGACCUCGUGAUCUUCGACCACGGCGCGCCGCUGCUUGAGGCUGCGCAGCAAAGGGAGGCUGCGACCCGGGACGCGCCGCCCGUCGCCGCCCACGCCCAUGACGCUCGGCCCGCCCUGUAACCCGUGCACUUGGACCGGAGCCGAGUGCCGCCCCCGCCGCAUCCCUAGGGGGGGGAGACCCCGCCGCCAGCAAGCCCCCCUCCCUUAUCUGCCCGCUCUGCCGGAGGGCCUUCGCCGGGAAGAACCGCCGCCAGCACCUCGAGCACCACAUCUACACGCACACGGGCGAGAAGCCCUUCGCCUGCCUGCACUGCCCCUACCGCUCGAGCCGCAAGGACACGCUGCUCACGCACCUCAGGAAGUGGCACCCACACCAACAGAAGGACAGGCCGUAGGGCGUGCCGAGGGGCAUGCCGAGGGGCAUGCCGAGGGCCCUGUCCUCCUUGAGGUUCUCCGUGAAAGGGGCGAGACUCAUGUGGUUCUCUUUCCUCUUGGGUCUGUUCUUUAUAUAUAUCUGUGAAUGGUUACAUGUUGUUAAGAAAAAAAAAACUUUGUGAUAAGACAGCACUUGGAGUCUGAUCUCUGUAAGAAAGAAAGUGGAAAGAACGUUGCAUUGUGGUCGGAUCUUUCUUUUACUUUGAGCCCUCAACAUGAAACAUUUUUAUUUUGUUUAUCCUACCAUUGCCCGUGUGGCUAAUGCGUUAAUAAUGUGACAGACAGACUGGUGUUCUCCACAACGAUCAGUACCAAAUGUGAUCAAUGUACGUAAUUUGCGAGUGGAAUUACAACAUUGCAAUUCUGUUUUUUAUAUCAUAUACAUAUAUCAGGUUUUUCCCCUAUGUACUUACACGUAGCUUUCUUUUUUUCUCUCUCUGUUAUUCAAACAACGUGUUAGAAGCAUGUCAGUUUAAUCAUAAUAUCUUGAUUAAAUUGAUACUAUUGAAUACAAAUUUUCGGUAUGAUUGUUGAUAUUUCGUUGUACGAUAUAGCUUAAUAAAGAUAGCAUGGAAGUU